GUGAGCUAUUUCUGUGGACGUAUCAAGCGUGCUCCCAUAAAACUUCUAGACUCGCAUCGGUCGGCCUGAGCUUGCGAAAGAUACUGAAUCUAUUGCUACUACGCUCACUUUUGAUUCCGUUUCCGAUGCUAGUGGAAGCGCCAGCACUCGGGCUACGACUUUCAAUGAGAGUUUUGAUAGCAUUGAUGGGAGAUCUGAUGAAUCCGGGUCUGAUUCUGGCGAAGAGUCUAAUUACAGCCCUUCUUUGGAGAAAAGUCGUUUAGUUUUUGGGCCAAUGGCCACGGUGCUGCAAGAUUUUCUCUCCUCUAACAAGCCGUGGAGAGACAUAUGUGCUAUUGCGAAUGAGGACCCGACUCUAGCCAUUAACUUCCUGCAACAGGAAUGCGAUGCUACUGUAUCAAAUUUAGAUGGUACCUACCGAUCGCGAUGCCUGAACAGUCUUUUGCUGCUUGCCAAGAUAUAUGGCAUCCUUCCGAUGUCUCUUUCCUGCCCGGCCGCCAGACGGCAUACUGGUGACCACCCGGUUUGGGGAGGUGGAUUUGCGGAUAUAUGGAAAGGCCGAAUGAACGGAACUCCCGUCUGCUUCAAGGUUCUCAGAUUCUUUACGGACAAUGGCAUUGAAAAAAGAGAGCAAACAAUCAGAAACUUCUGUAACGAGGCCCUUUUGUGGAGGAAUUUGAAGCACCCAAACAUUCUUCCCUUCCUGGGUGUUCGGAGGGACUUGUUUGCCCCAAGUUUUUGCCUGAUUUCUCCGUGGAUGAAGAACGGAAAUAUCAUGUCUUUCCUUGAGCGCAAUCCUUGCCACAAUCGACUGCAAUCUAUUAUAGAAAUCGCGAGAGGUAUGGCUUAUCUCCACUCACUCAACCCGCCUAUAGUCCACGGCGACAUUCGUGGAGCUAACAUACUUGUUACCAACGACUUUAAUUGCUGCUUGUCCGACUUUGGUUUAGCACUGGUGGCCGAAUCUCAAGCCCCAGGGAGCUCGUCGUUGUCUCGUCUGGGCGGUUCUUUACGGUGGCUUCCUCCGGAGCUGAUGGCAAUUCGACUUUUCGAUCAACGAUAUGUAACAGCAAGAGACGUCUACUCAUAUGGGUGUACAGUUAUCGAGAUAUACAGUGGCAAGCCUCCCUUCUCUCACAUCUGGACAGAAGGGGCGAUUAUCCAUGAAGUCCUGGUGAAUGGGUCUCAGCCAAAGAUGCCGUUUGAAAUGCCUAAGCAGAUCUGGGUAUUGUUGAAAGGCUGCUUCAAGACGGAUGCUAGUCGCAGACCUUUAUCAGAGGCUUUGAUUCGUGAUCUGGAGACACUUUUGUAACUACAGUGGAAUAGAUUUGACAUCUGUUAAUCCGGUGGAAAAAAUACCCAUUGUUCUCUUCUUCUUGCGUACGUACUCUCGAUACCAAAACAACGCAGAAACGUCGGUUAAUAAAGCGCGAUCCGUCUGAUGGAAUCUGCCGGUUUGCUCGACUGCUCUAGAUACAAGGGCUUGGCUUGUCUCCACUCACUCACUGACCUGUCCAUAGUCUACGACGAUCUUCGUGGUGUGAGCUCGACUAAACGUAUGC